GUUGGGUGUAGGCUGUGAAGCUCAGAGGGAAGCAAAAGAGUCAAACUAGACGUAAACAGAGAGCUUCUUUAAAGAAAUCUAGCUGUGAGACAGUUAAAGGCUGCUGAGGCUGGCAGGCUGGAUGCCGUCGUCAUGGUGAACGAUGUUCCGGAAAGUAAAAAAACGCCACAGCAGCAGCAGCUCUCAAAGCAGUGAAAUAAGCACUAAAAGCAAAUCUGUGGACUCCAGUUUGGGAGGGCUUUCCAGAUCCAGCACUGUUGCCAGCCUCGACACAGACUCCACCAAGAGCUCAGGUAACAGCACGUCUGAAACGUGUGCAGAGUUCAGGGUGAAGUAUGUGGGAGCCAUUGAGAAGUUAAAGUUUGACAUGAGCCGGACCCUGCAGGAACCUUUGGACCUCAUCAACUACAUUGAUGCAGCUCAGCAAGAUGGAAAGCUGCCCUUUGUCCCCGGAGACGAGGAGAUGAUUCUGGGAGUGUCCAAGUACGGAGUUAAAGUGGCUUCACUCGACCAGUGUGAUGUGCUGCAUCGUCACCCUCUCUACCUGAUUGUGCGCAUGCUGUGUUAUGACGACGGUUUGGGUGCAGGGAAAAACCUCCUUGCUCUGAAAACUACAGACGCCCAGCAGGAGGAGUGCAGCAUCUGGGUGUAUCAGUGCAGCAGCUCAGAGCAGGCUCAGUCCAUCUGCAAGGUGCUGUCAGCCUCUUUUGACUGCGUCCUGACAUCGGAAAAGUCCUGAGUCCAAGAGAUGAGACUUUUCUACGAAGAGGGGAAAACAACUUCAAAUGAAGAGAAAAUUGGCACACAAGUAUAAUAACAAAAUGUGCAAUCAUUUCCCUCUUUACUGCUUUUCUUUUCCUUUUAGAGAAAUGAACUGGACGGGACAUCCCACGUUUUUUCCGCAUCAGUUAGUGAGAAACAAACCCUGUAUCAAAAACAGCCACUUCAACACUGUCUGAAUCAUUUCCUUGAACUUAAUUUUUUUUACCUCUCAUAUAAAGUCAGGAGCAAAAAAGAAGCACUGGAAAAAAGGGAAAUGGUUGCAUGGAGGAAAGCUUGAAAAACACUGCACAGCUUUCAGCUAUGUGAUCUAAUAAUGAUGGUACUUCUAUCAUUCAUACCGGUGCAUCUAAAAAAAAUUGAAAUAUCCUGAAAUAGUUCUUUUUUUUCCCUGUGAUUCAAUUCAAGAAGUGAAAUUUCCAUAUACUCUAGAUUCAUCAUUUCAAAAUGAAAUAUUUCAAGACUAUUUUUGUUUUAUUAUUGAUGAUUACAGCUCACAAAAAUCAAAAAUCCACUAUCUCAAAAUAUUACAAUUUAAAACAAAAAAAAACAGCAGUCCAAAAAAAUAAUGCAGACCUUGUUGAAACUGUGGACAGAUGCCAUGUCCUGCUGAAAAAGGAAACCAGAAUCUCCAUAAAGAACAACACCCAUCUGUGUGUGGUGGGUCUUGAUCCACUGACCCCAGCCUCAGUCUGCUUUUUGUGAAGCUCCCCUAAGAUCUUAAAUAUGCUUUGUUUGACAGUCCUCUACUUGUGCUCCUUUUCUUACCACACUUUUCUUUUCCCACUUUCCACAAAUAUGAUUUGAUACAGCCCCUGAGAACAGCCAGCCCUUUUUGCAGUGACCUUCUGUUGCGUACCCUCGUUGUGAAGGGUGUCAAUGACUGUCUUCUUGACAAGACUCAAGUCAGCAGUCUUCACCAUGAUUGUGGUUGUGUGCCACCAGAGUGAGAGAAUGAGGGCUUAGGAAACCUUUGUAAAUUGUUCUUUUCCACAAUAUUCUAAUGUUUUGAGAUAGUGGAUUUUUUUUAUUGAGGCUUAAGCCGUAAUCAUCAGAGUAAAACAAAAAAAAGUCUUGAUAUUCGCUUUGUAUGAGAUGAAUUUAGAAUAGAGUAAAUUUAAAAUUCAAAAGUAAAUCACGGGAAAAAAAAGAACUUUUACAUGAUACUCUAAUUUUUUUAGAUGGACCUAUACAAACCCAGCUGUCGGCAUUUCAUCAGUUUUAAAAAAGGGUACUUAGUUCAUGGAGAAACCUCCCUGAUUUUAUUUUGGACACCCUCUUGUGUGUUUUAUUGUGUUUUCUGACGGUGUUGGUACAUUAGGAGUCACUUUUUGAUGUUUAUUCAACGGUACAUUCUUCAAAAAUGCUGGGCUUAUCCACAAAGUCUUACUUAAUUGAAGCUUAUUUUUGCUAUUACUCCAUUCAAAAAAAAAGUAUCAUACUGAAAGUGUUUUGGUACCAAAGCUUGAAGUGUUUUCUGAUUUUUUCUUUGUGUUUUAAUGAUUAAAAAUGUGUUGAAUCUAUUAGACUGCAUACAGUGAAACCACAUGCAUCAUAAUAUUUUGAUACUUUGGAAGAAAAUCAUGUUUACAGUUUUGGUACUAACUUGACUUCUUCUUGUACAUAAUAAUAAUAAAAGUAAUAAUAAAAGUCAGUUUUCCUG